UUACUCACUACUUACACCUUCCUAAAAUAUUUUACUAACAGAAUUCUAGUGAAGUGGACGCCAAGAAAAGAAGCUUUUCAUUAAAUUUCUAACUUCAAUUCUCCUCCUUAUUCCCUUACACUUCCCUUUUCUUUCAUUAUCAAAUUCCCUUAACAAAAUAUACAUUUCUUUUAAGUUGCUACAUACCUCUAUAAAAAGGAAAAUACACCAUCUUAAUUUUUUGUUGUUUGUAUUAGAGAGCACUACUACCAUAUAUCUCUUUCUUUGUGAUAAUUGGUUUGGUGCCGUGCUACGAAUGGCGAGCGGUGGAGAUGGGGUGGUGGUGCUUAAUAGGAGGGCGGAGAUUGAUACACGAGCACCAUUUAGGUCCGUCAAAGAGGCGGUUUCGUUGUUUGGUGAGAGAGUUUUAGCUGGGGAGGUUUAUGCUAGCAAACUCAAAGAGAUGGAGAAGGAUACAAGAGAUGAAAUUGGCCAAGGAAGUUCAAAGCUAGGAAGCAUCACAGACGAGCUUGAAGAAACGAAACAAAGCCUCGUAAAGGCGAAAGAGGAAACAAUGGUGAUGGCCACUUGCCUAUCUUCACUGGAGGAGGAACUCGAAAAGACAAAGAGAGAGCUUCAAGAGCUGAAACUAGAGAGGGAAUCGGAGAAACAGAUGAUGGAAUAUGAGAUCGAAGACCUUAAAUUUGUCGAAGAUCCACCACAACCCGCGACUAGCCUACAACGAAUAAGAGAAAGUGAAAGAGUUGAGAGUAGGAGAUUUGUGACCUUUGGAAAUGCAACUUUAUCUGAAGUUGUAUUACCUGAUCAUCACAAAAGCGGGCCAUUUUUGGAGAGACAUCCUUCACUUAAGAAGAAGAAAAGACAGCCAUUGAUACCUUUGAUUGGGGGGUUGUUUUCGCGAAAGAAGAAGAGCUCUGAAGUGGCUUCUGCCAAAACUCCAUGAAAAUCUGCAAGCUUGUUAUUUACUAGUAAACCAAUAAGCAUCCUUUUUCAGCUAUUAUGCUAAUUUUCUGUUGAUCUUUUGACUAUUAAGUUCUACUUCUUUUUGUAUUUUAAUUUCCUCUUUACUUUUCAUUUUUGUGAAUUUUAACAUUGUACUAGUAGUAUUUUAAAAUGCAAGAAAUGCCUGAGAUAGUGUAACAAUGUAAGUAAGAGAUUGACGGUCAAUAAUGUUUCAUCCAUAUUGCAGUGAA